AUGAUUGCGUCGAACAAUUGGACAAUACAUCAAAUAAUCAACAAUUUAGCGUAUUUUCAUCUUCAAUCACCUGAAAAAUCGAUACGUAUUCUUAGAAAUUGUAUUCGUUCAUGUGAAACAAGAUCUCCAAUUAUUCUCAAUUGUUCGUCUCGUCAACAGAUUCUACCUAUAAUUCCUGAACUAAAUGAUUUCGAUGAAUUCUAUCCUCUUCUAGCAAACGUAUCUUAUGAACAAUUAUCAGACAAAGAACUUGAAUUUCGAACAAAUUAUCAUUAUCAAGGACGUACAAUUGAUAUAUCAUUUAAUCGUGAUGAUAUUGAAAUGGGUCGUAAGAUACAAAAAUUAUUGAAUUUCUAUUCACAAAAAUGGCAUAUUGAUCAAGAUGUGUUAAUUGUCAAUUUAAAGCGAUUAUUGUUUUCACUUUCUGCGUUCACAUUAAAUGAUUUUCUUCUAAAACAUCAACAACAAUUAUGUCAAUUAUCCAUAGAAGAAUGGUUUAUAGCAUUAGAAUUCUAUUUACAA